UGCAAAUUAAUCCCAGUAGCCUCCCAAAUCUCCCAAACGGUCUCUACUCUCUACCACUACAGAGUACAGGGAAAUAGAGGGAGAGAGAUUGGACGAUCAUCAAAACUCAAUUCAGGUUUUAGAUUCAUAUGUAACCGAGACGAAUCGAUUUCAAAUCAACUAUGGAUCCAGAGAUAGCGAAAACCCAAGAAGAGCGCAAAAAAAUGGAGAAAGAGCUUGCCUCUCUCACUACCCUCACCUUCGAUAAAGACCUUUAUGGCGGAACGGACCGCGACGCAUAUGUUACCUCGAUUCCUGUGAAUGAUGAAGAUGAUUUUGAAGUUGGUGACAAUGAAGUUGCUCGAAAGCUUGCUUCUUAUACUGCCCCGAAGUCGCUUCUUAAAGAGAUGCCUCGCGGUGGGGAUGAGAUGGAUGAUGGUGGGUUCAAGAAGCCCUCGAAGAUUAUUGAUCGUGAGGAUGACUAUAGGAGGAGGAGGUUAAAUAGGGUGAUUUCGCCAGACAGGCAUGACGCAUUUGCUGCUGGGGAGAAGACCCCGGAUCCUUCGGUGAGGACGUAUGCAGAUGUGAUGAGGGAGGAGGCGUUGAAGAGGGAGAAGGAGGAGACUCUUAGGGCAAUUGCCAAAAAGAAGAAGGAGGAAGAGGAGGCAGCAAAAGAGGGAAAGGAGAUUGCUGCUGCAGCGACUAAGGAGGCCGCUCCCAAGAGGAGGAAUAGGUGGGACCAGUCACAGGAUGAUGGGGCUGCGGCUAAAAAGGCGAAGACUGGUUCUGAUUGGGAUUUGCCUGAUGCCACGCCUGGAAUUGGAAGAUGGGAUGCCACUCCUACUCCUGGGAGACUGGGGGAUGCAACCCCUUCUGUGGGAAGGAGAAAUAGAUGGGAUGAAACACCAACUCCUGGCAGGUUGGCAGAUUCAGAUGCUACUCCUGCCGGUGGAGUUACUCCUGGGGCUACCCCUGCUGGAGUUACUUGGGAUGCGACUCCCAAAGGUUUGGUCACCCCAACCCCAAAAAGACAGAGGUCACGUUGGGAUGAGACGCCAGCAACUAUGGGAAGUGCCACACCUAUGGCUGGGGCUACACCAGCAGCUGCUUAUACUCCUGGAGUUACUCCUGUGGGUGGGGUUGAUUUGGCCACUCCUACUCCAAAUGCCAUUAAUUUGCGCGGUGCAAUGACCCCUGAGCAAUAUAAUAUGAUGAGAUGGGAGAAGGAUAUUGAGGAGAGAAACAGGCCCUUGACUGAUGAGGAGCUUGAUGCUAUGUUCCCACAGGAAGGAUACAAGAUUUUGGAGCCUCCAGCAUCUUAUGUGCCAAUUAGAACGCCUGCAAGGAAGUUACUGGCAACCCCAACACCAAUGGGGACUCCUCUUUAUGCUAUUCCUGAGGAUAAUAGGGGUCAGCAGUUUGAUGUUCCAAAGGAAGCUCCUGGUGGGUUGCCAUUUAUGAAGCCAGAGGAUUAUCAGUACUUUGGAGCUUUGUUGAAUGAAGAUGAUGAGGAGGAGUUGUCACCUGACGAGCAGAAAGAGAGGAAAAUUAUGAAGCUCUUGCUGAAGGUUAAGAAUGGGACACCUUCUCAGAGAAAGACUGCUUUGAGGCAGUUGACUGAUAAGGCUAGAGAGUUUGGUGCUGGGCCUUUAUUUAACCGAAUUUUGCCAUUGCUUAUGCAGCCCACUUUGGAAGAUCAAGAAAGGCAUCUUUUGGUUAAGGUAAUUGAUAGGGUUUUGUAUAAGUUGGAUGAAUUGGUCAGGCCUUAUGUUCACAAGAUUCUUGUUGUGAUUGAACCAUUGUUGAUUGAUGAGGACUAUUAUGCUCGUGUAGAAGGGAGAGAAAUCAUCUCUAAUUUGAGUAAAGCAGCUGGUUUGGCUACUAUGAUUGCUGCUAUGCGUCCUGAUAUUGAUAAUAUUGAUGAGUAUGUUAGGAACACAACUGCUAGAGCCUUUAGUGUUGUUGCUUCUGCCUUGGGUAUUCCGGCACUGUUGCCUUUCUUGAAAGCUGUCUGUCAAAGUAAGAAAUCAUGGCAAGCUCGCCACACUGGAAUCAAGAUUGUGCAGCAGAUUGCUAUUUUGAUUGGUUGUGCUGUUCUACCUCAUUUGAGGUCUCUUGUUGAAAUUAUUGAACACGGUCUCAGUGAUGAGAAUCAAAAAGUGCGAACCAUCACUGCUUUGUCCUUGGCUGCUCUUGCUGAAGCUGCUGCACCGUAUGGUAUUGAAAGCUUUGAUUCUGUGUUGAAGCCAUUGUGGAAGGGUAUUAGGUCACACCGUGGGAAGGUCUUGGCUGCUUUCUUGAAGGCAAUUGGUUUUAUUAUUCCUCUAAUGGAUGCUAUUUAUGCCAGUUACUACACCAAGGAAGUCAUGAUUAUCCUAAUACGUGAAUUUCAGUCUCCCGAUGAAGAAAUGAAGAAAAUUGUGCUUAAAGUGGUCAAGCAGUGUGUGAGUACUGAGGGUGUGGAAGCUGAAUACAUACGUUCUGAUAUUCUUCCUGAGUUCUUUAGGAACUUCUGGGUUAGAAGGAUGGCAUUGGAUAGGAGAAAUUAUAGGCAACUUGUGGAUACAACUGUGGAGAUUGCUAACAAGGUUGGUGUCAAAGAUAUUGUAGGGAGAAUUGUUGAGGAUCUUAAAGAUGAGAGCGAACCAUACAGGCGAAUGGUUAUGGAAACAAUUGAGAAGGUGGUUGCAAACUUAGGAGCAUCUGAUAUUGAUGCUAGAUUGGAAGAACUUUUGAUUGAUGGAAUUCUUUAUGCUUUCCAAGAGCAGACGAGUGAUGAUGCCAAUGUGAUGCUUAAUGGGUUUGGUGCUGUUGUGAAUGCUCUUGGACAGAGGGUGAAACCUUAUCUUCCCCAGAUUUGUGGUACCAUAAAGUGGCGCUUGAACAACAAAAGUGCGAAGGUGAGACAACAAGCAGCGGAUCUUAUUUCUAGGAUUGCUGUUGUCAUGAAGCAGUGUCAAGAGGAACAGCUGAUGGGUCAUCUUGGUGUUGUCUUGUAUGAGUAUUUGGGAGAAGAAUACCCUGAAGUUCUUGGAUCAAUUCUUGGAGCUCUCAAGGCCAUUGUCAAUGUGAUUGGUAUGACAAAAAUGACACCCCCUAUCAAAGAUUUGCUUCCUAGGUUGACCCCCAUUUUGAAGAAUAGGCAUGAAAAGGUCCAGGAGAAUUGUAUUGAUCUUGUUGGUCGUAUUGCUGAUCGUGGUGCUGAGUUUGUUCCAGCUAGGGAGUGGAUGAGAAUUUGUUUUGAACUCCUGGAGAUGCUUAAGGCCCACAAGAAGGGCAUUCGACGAGCUACUGUGAACACAUUUGGUUAUAUUGCCAAAGCCAUAGGACCCCAAGAUGUCCUUGCUACCUUGCUAAACAAUCUGAAGGUCCAGGAGCGCCAGAAUCGUGUGUGCACAACUGUUGCUAUCGCCAUUGUUGCAGAAACAUGUUCACCUUUUACAGUCUUGCCAGCCCUGAUGAAUGAGUAUCGUGUUCCAGAGCUUAAUGUGCAGAACGGUGUCUUGAAAUCCCUCUCUUUCCUGUUCGAGUACAUAGGGGAAAUGGGUAAAGACUAUAUAUAUGCAGUGACUCCAUUACUUGAGGAUGCACUCAUGGACAGAGAUCUGGUUCAUAGGCAAACUGCAGCUUCUGCUGUCAAGCACAUGGCUUUGGGGGUUGCUGGAUUAGGUUGCGAGGAUGCUCUAAUCCACCUACUUAACUAUGUGUGGCCAAACAUCUUUGAGACUUCCCCUCAUGUCAUCAAUGCUGUAAUGGAAGCCAUUGAAGGAAUGAGAAUGGCCUUGGGUGCUGCUAUUGUGUUAAACUAUUGUCUCCAGGGGCUGUUCCAUCCUGCCCGGAAGGUCAGGGAAGUGUACUGGAAGAUCUACAACUCGCUGUAUAUUGGAUCCCAAGAUGCUCUUGUAGCAGCUUAUCCGGUGUUGGAGGAUGAACAGAAUAACGUAUAUAGUAGGCCUGAGUUGACAAUGUUCAUCUGAAGUGUUAUUUUGUCCCUUAUUUUUGGUGACCAAAGAGGACCAAGGGAGUCAUCUAGAUCAGAUCCUAGGCCAACUCUCUCUUUGAUUGCUAUAGUCUGUUUACAUCCAUGCAGUUGUUGGACCGAGUUGAACUUAUAUUUUUCUAGGUGCUUGUGUGCUGCUGUGUAGUUUGUUAAGUAUAAUAGCACUCUAUGGAACUAAUCUUAAUUUCUGGCCAUCCAUGUGAUUUUCUUGCUGUGUUAUUAAUGUGCACAUUUAUACGUGUUUCA